AGCAACAUGAGGGAAAAUAAGAACAUGUCUGAGUCCCCGUCUCAAGCGGGAAAAGAAGUACCGGUUAAGAAACAUAAGCUAAGCAGUGAUGAGAACAGUAACCCUGAUUUGUCAGGUGACGAGAACGAUGAUGCAGUCAGUGUUGAAAGUGGCACCAACGCAGAGCGCCCUGACACGCCCACCAACACCUCGAACGCCCCUGGCAGGAAGAGUUGGGGCAAGGGCAAAUGGAAGUCCAAAAAGUGCCGAUACUCUUUCAAGUGUGUCAACAGUCUGCGAGAAGACCAUGCCCAACCUCUGUUUGGAGUCCAGUUCAACUGGCACAGUAAGGAGGGAGACCCACUGGUGUUUGCCACAGUCGGGAGCAACAGGGUCACUCUGUAUGAAUGUCAUUCUCAAGGAGAAAUCCGACUCCUGCAGUCUUAUGUGGACGCUGAUGCGGAUGAAAACUUCUACACAUGUGCGUGGACCUAUGACACCAACACCAGUCACCCCUUGUUGGCUGUAGCCGGGUCGCGGGGAAUCAUCAGAAUUAUUAACCACAUCACAAUGCAGUGCAUCAAGCAUUACGUAGGUCAUGGAAAUGCAAUCAAUGAGCUGAAGUUUCACCCCAGGGACCCAAAUCUUCUCCUGUCAGUCAGCAAAGAUCAUGCCCUUCGUCUGUGGAACAUACAGACAGACACAUUAGUGGCCAUAUUUGGUGGAGUGGAAGGUCACCGAGAUGAAGUUCUAAGUGCUGACUUUGACCUCCUGGGUGAAAAAAUAAUGUCGUGUGGUAUGGACCACUCCCUAAAACUCUGGCGAAUUAACUCGGAGAGAAUGCAGAAGGCCAUCCGUGGUUCUUAUGAAUACAACCCCUCAAAGACCAACAGGCCUUUUGUGUCACAGAAGAUUCACUUUCCUGACUUCUCUACACGGGACAUCCACAGAAACUAUGUGGACUGCGUACGGUGGCUAGGUGACCUCAUUCUUUCAAAGUCGUGUGAAAAUGCCAUUGUGUGCUGGAAACCAGGAAAAAUGGAGGACGACAUCGACCACAUAAAACCAAACGAAUCAAACGUCACCAUCCUUGGACGCUUCGACUAUAGCCAGUGUGACAUCUGGUACAUGCGCUUCUCCAUGGACUUCUGGCAGAAGAUGUUGGCCUUAGGAAACCAGGUGGGAAAGCUCUAUGUUUGGGACCUCGAGGUGGAGGAUCCACACAAAGCGAAGUCAACCACGCUCACCCUCCCCAAAUGCACGUCCGCCAUCCGUCAAACCAGCUUCAGCCGCGACAGCAGUAUUUUGAUCGCUGUGUGCGACGACGCCUCCAUCUGGCGUUGGGACCGGCAACGCUGAACGCUUCCGUCCCAACUUUUUAUUUUUACUUUUUGCAGUGAAAUAAAGUUUUUUUUUAUUAUUAUUAUUUUUUAUAUAAACUAUGAACAUUUUCCUACAUUCCUCGGUGAUGUUUUGAAGUUUCAUGUUUUGUUCACAACUUGACAUGGUGGAAUAGACAAACUCUGGACGUUUUGUGCAGAUGUUUAUCUUCUCAUGUCUUGUUUCCAGAAUCACCAUGAUGAAGUAUUUCGGUGGCAUCAAAUAUUGUUCAGGUAGAAAAUCUUCUUAAUUUUCAUAGUUAACCUGAUAUAAUAAAAUGAAAUUAUUUUCCUCUGUAGAGUUCUUGUGUAUGUGAACUUGAAUAAACUUAUUUUUAUACACAACUUAUU